UGAGUAAUGCACGGAACCAGUUAUAACGUGCAUUCAAACUUCAGAAAGGCAAGGGUAUAAGGGAAGUGCAUCGUGGGUGGUCCGACGAGCGGGAACAUAACGCGUGUGUGGUCUGGCUGCUUCGUAUGCUGUGAGUGCGGCUGUCGCGACGACUGUAGAAGAUGCGAGACGCUUCAACCGAACGAAACGGAAACUGUACCACGCGGUUAGCCGAAAUUGUCUAUAAGAACAACGGCGUCAAUUCGUGAGCGCAACGCACAAUAGUAUGCAUCUCUCGCCGCAUUGUUUACUGCACUCCACGUGACUCUAUUUUGAAAUAUGAUAUUUUUACUAGUCCUUUGUUGCUUCCUGUUUCAUCCGUCGUCUUCGAAAUUGGAGCAUGAAUUUACAACAAACAACGAUGGUGAAAACAAUACGUGGAAAAAUAUGGAGUUGAAUACUCGGCACAGGAUUGAAGAUUCCAGUUAUCUGUUGGAUAGAUAUCCUAUUGGAAAAUCACCGGAUGUCUUAGCUUGUCGCAGAUUUGCCAAAUGUAUACCAUUACAAAAAAGUACCUGUAUGGGUACAAAAUUAUCUUAUUCUUUUACUACAUUGGACUUUAUACCAGAACCUAUAACGCAAGACAUUAUUGAGGAAAGAUUGCAUUUGUUACAAGCUUUGAAACAUGUACCAAAAUGUUGGGCUGUUGUUCAACCAUUUCUAUGUUCAAUAUAUCUGCCAAAAUGUAUCAAUAAUACAGUUGAAUUGUCAUCUCAAGAGAUGUGCAGAAUGGUAUCAGGAGCUUGUAGAAUGCUGGUUAAUCAUACGAUAUGGCCAAGUUUUGCAAAGUGCGACAACUUUAAAUUGUUUCCACAAUUAUGCAAAAAUGAUAUUAGAGAACUAAAAUUUAAUAGUUCAGGCAAGUGUCUGAAACCUCUUAUACCUACUGACAAUGCUCUUUCAAUUUUUGAUGGAGUGGAAGGCUGCGGAAUACCAUGCAAUGACCCAUUAUACACACUAGAUGAGCAUAAUGAAAUACAUUCGUUUAUUGUAUGGGCCGCAGGUAUUUGCUGUGCCUUCAAUUUAUUUACCAUUAUAACAUUUUUAAUAGAUUGGAGAAGUGCGAAUAAGUAUCCAGCUUUAGUGAUAUUUUAUAUAAAUGGUUGUUUCAUGGUAUCUUGCAUUGGUUGGCUUGUUCAAUUUACUCCUGGCAGCAGAGAGGUAAUUGUAUGCCGCAAAGAUGGAACUUUAAGGAUGAGCGAACCAAGCGGGGAGAACUUAUCGUGCGUCGUCGUCUUCGUUCUCGUGUAUUAUUUUCUAAUGGCAGCUAUGGUGUGGUUCGUCAUAUUAACGUACGCCUGGCACAUGAGCUUCCGAGCACUUGGCAAGAUACAAGAUCGAAUUGAUAAAAAGGGUGCUUAUUUUCAUUUGAUCGCCUGGUGUGUGCCGCUCGUAUUGACGGUGACAAUUAUGGCGUUGGGCAAUAUCGAUGGUAACAGCAUGACAGGAAUAUGCUUUGUGGGAUAUGCCAAUCAUGCAGCGAGGGCUGGAUUUGUACUGGGUCCUAUAUUACUUGUUGUGUUAGUAGGAGGAUAUUUUCUAUGUAGAGGCCUCUACACACUUAUUCGUUUAAAAAUAAGCAGCCAGGAAAUCAUAUCCGAAAGAGCAAGUUCAAAGAUAAAACAAACCAUUCUCAGAAUGGGGCUUUUUUCCAUAUUAACUUUUGCGGCGAUUGUUAUAACAUUUUAUUGUCACAUUUACGAGUUUCAACACUCUUGGCAAUGGCAUCGAAGCUUCAGGAAUUACAUGAUAUGCAUGAUAACGACGAAGUACUCGGAUAUGUCGGAAUGUAAAAUGGACACGAGGCCUAGCACAGGAAAAUUGCAACUGCAUUUGCUUGCACCAUUUUCCGCCGGCAUACUGAUGUCUUCUUGGGUUUGGACUAGUUCGACGGUUGACACCUGGUGCAGAUUUUUAAAGAGCGUGCGUUCUCUCUUCGUUUGCAGAAUCUCCAACAGCGAAUCUGAAGAGCCUCCCAUAAAAUUGAGCAAGCACAAACUCAUCGCACACUUAUUCGCGAACCGGAAGACGUUCAACAAGGCCGGACGUCUGUCCAUUAGUUUUCACAACACUCAUGAGGAUCCGGUCGGAUUGAAUUUCGAUCUCAACUCCGCGGCUUCACAGGACUUUAGCUCCACCUGGGCAGCUGCCCUGCCCAAGUUAGUGACGCGAAGAGGUGCACUAGUCGGCACUACCGGGUCUGUGUCUAGUAACAGACGAAACUCUGCGGAUUCCGAGAUCAGUUAUAGCUUUCGCUGCGUUUCUAUGGAAUCCAGACGUAACUCUCUGGACUCGCAGAUAUCCGUGCAGAUCGCGCAGGUGAAGACGACGCGGAAGGUCGCCAACCGGUCGCGCGGACGUCGCGGAAAGAACAGAAGAGAUUUCGGAAAAUCCCGAGCGGGCAAGAUCGAUCCACUUUCUAGAAGAGGCAGCACCACUUCUCAGGAUAGUCAACUGAUGACGCAAAUACCAAUUCAAAUGCCCAAUAUGGGCAGAAGAUCGGGGAACGCCGGACUGGACGAGCGAGUCUUGGGCUCGAAAGUCAUCGAUACCAAAAACGCGGGCAUGCUGCUGCCCUUUUUGUUCCCAAGAGGACAGAGCGGUAGUGACGAGAAUUUAAGUAGCGAUGAGAAGAGGCAUCAAGAUCUGGCUGAUAAAGAUGUCGAGGCGGGCAACAUGGAGAAAGAGGACGAGCAGGACAGCGAUAGUGAAGACAGCCAGCCGGAGGAAGAAGCGAAGAUGUUAGAUUCGGAGGACACUCGCGAGCGUGGCAAGAGUAAAAGCAGCAAUAAGAAUAGCAAGAGUUAUAGUCACGAGAGCGACAGGAGAAACCGCGACAGUAGUCAUAGGAGCAAAUACGUCCUACAGGACGAAACUAUCUUGAAGCAUCUGUUUCAGGAGACUAGUGAGAGUAAGAUGAAGAGUGAAAAUGAAAAGAAGGACGUAUACAGGAAAGCUAUGAUGGCCGACUUGGGCUCUAGUCUCAGCUCGUGUUAUCCAGAAUUGACGAGAUUAUUGCAGGGCGACGGGCAGACGAACGCGAGAGAGAUGGCGACGCAGACCUCGCUGCCGCUCGACAUACUCGAGAUGGAAGAGCUGAAGCAGAGUAUCGACGAAAUAAUUAAUAGCAGACAUUGCAGUUCUAAAGGAACUCAAAUAUCGCCGCAAUUGAAGAAGAGCAAGAACAUCGUGGCAUAAAAGUGAGGACUAUCUCUGUUAAAAGUGCUCAACAGAGACUUGUGCGUAUAAUAAAAUCACUGCCUCUUGACGGUUCGAAGAUGCAAGAAUUAAAGCGAAAUAUCGACAACAUAAUGAACACUGUGGUUUCUAGGACUUAAUUAUCGCCGCAAUGAAGAGAAGCAAGAACAUGUGUGUGUUAGGUGCGUAUAAUAAGUAUGUGCGUUAGGUAGUAUAAUCAUUUAUUGAAUUAACUAUUGCAUCGCUAGACAUAGGCGGACUGUACGUUCAUUUUGACGCUCUCUCUUACAAUCAUUACGAUAUUUACUGAACGAAAAUGAGAUUGUGUGAUUUGUGAGUUUUUAUUAUUGUAAAAUAUGUAGCGUGCAAUAACAAAAGCCGGACUACAUUUGAAAAGGUAUAUGUACAAUAAUGAGUAUCGUUAUUUUUCUACGCUUUGUCAUCGAAAUCAAUAAUCGAAUCUCGAUACGGCGUUAACCGACCACUCGCAUCAUGGGCAUUGUAUUCCUUCGUAGUAUAUCUUCGAGCGUUUGUAAGAAUGUAUCGAACAUCCUUUCUCUACAUGUAUGACAAUAAGGUAUACUGAUUUUUAUAUUUUUUUAACAAGUGGCUGAAUAAAAUGCGUUUUAUAAUUUUUAGAUGUUA